AUGCCUACAAAGCCCACCUUCGACUCUCUCCCCCUUCACCCCGAUGGCCCCCGAGGCAACGCAUGGGGUCUCUUUGGAGACAAGGACCAGAUGGGUAUGUUGAACCUGCUCACCUCGGAAAAUACCGCGGCCGCAGCCAAGGAGAUUGUCGAAGGGGUGCGCGUUUCUACCGAUUGGCCGCUCAAUAGUAUGGCCACGCCGUGCUUCGGGCGGGCGGCAUUUCAGCAUACCAUCAAGAACAAGGCCCCUCGCCCAGUAAAUGAUGAUAUCCUGGUCUUGAACACACAGAGUAGCUCUCAAUGGGAUGGCUUUCGGCACUUUGGGGCUAAGGAUGGAUCCUUUUACAAUGGAUGCUCUCAGCACGAUAUCGAGAGCUCGACUCGGAAUGGAAUCCACGUCUGGGCGGACAACGGCGGUAUUGUCGGACGCGGAGUGUUGCUCGACUAUGUGACAUGGGCCGAGGCGAAGGGAAAGCCCGUCAACUGCUUCGAGGCCCAGUCAAUCCCACUUGAUGAUCUGCUGGAGGUGGCUGAUAGUCAGAAGACAACCUUUCGCCCCGGUGACAUCUUGUUCAUCCGGACCGGCUGGACCCGUGCGUACGAGAAACUCACCCAGGCGGAGUGCGAGCAACUCGCCAACUACGCGGCACCUCCAGUGAUCGGGGUCAAGUCAUCAGAGGCCAUUCUUCGCUGGAUCUGGGAGACUGGGUUCGCCGCCGUUGCCGGUGACCAGCCUGCAUUCGAGGCGUACCCAUGUCAGAAUUCCGACUUCUUCCUGCAUGAGUGGCUGCUGGCGGGCUGGGGAGUACCAAUCGGCGAGCUCUUCGACUUGGAGCGACUCAGUCGGGAAUGUCGUCAGCGUGGAAGAUAUACCUUUUUCUUCAGCAGUGUUCCAUUAAAGAUCAACAGGUCCCUGGGGAGUGGCGAGUCCUCCGAACGGGAUGCAAUCGAUGUCGCAAUCGCAAAACUCGAUGCGCCGGUAGCCCACCUCUUCCCUGCGCUGCAUGCCUUGAUGUCGUUACUUUCGUCAAUUGCAAUCGCAGGUUCGCACACCCCAUACCCCCAAUGGCUCGAAUACGUAUUCCUCGAAGACCCCGGACAUCUCCAAUACACCCGAAGAGCUCCAGGUUGGCUCUCCCCCAGUCGACCGACCCCGUCGAGCGGGCCAUCCACCGCUACCCGAGGCUCGGAAAGUGAGAUGAUGCCGUUGGAGCGAGAUGACUGGUGGUACAAGGGGACAGACAACCUGUUCCUGAAUCGAUCUGGAGAACAUCACUUUGUGGGCGCAUCAUCGACCACCCAUUUGGCUAAGCGUUUGAACCCGACAUCAUCAAACCUAGCUUGGGAUGUGCGCCCGCUUUAUGAUGAUCCGUCAUCGCUAAGACGACCGGUCGCGGGCGCUCUGCCCCAACUCCCACCCUUUGACUUUGCGAAGCGCCUCUUCUGGGUACAAUAUGCCUAUAUCGGAACCAUCUUCUCCCUCAUCCAUCCGAAAGAAUUCGAAGAACGUCUUGAUUUUGUAUACCACCAGCCACCUGACUUCUCCCACCGGGAAACAUGCCUCGUCUACUGCCAAUCCCUUCUGGUUAUUGCAUUCGGCUUGAUGUAUUCGGUGAACCAGUGGUCUGGCGAUGAUGGACCACCAGGAUUCAAGUAUUUCAAACAUGCUUUGCGACUUUUGCCCGACAUAUACGAAGAGGGCUCGAUCUUUUUCGUCGAGGUGCUGUGCUAUGUAGCAUAUUAUAUGCAGAACCUCAACCGGAGAGACGCCGCUUUUCUCUAUAUCGGACUCGCUCUCCGCAUGGCUAUCUCACUGGGCCUUCACCAAGAAGUAUCCGACCAAGACAUUACCCCGACAGACCGCAAUCGCCGACGGCGAGCUUGGUGGUCGGUUUAUAGUUUGGACCGAAUCCUGUCGGUCAAAUCCGGAAACCCCAUCACCAUUCACGACGAGGAUAUUGGUAUCACUUGGCCGGCUGCACUGGAUGGAUCAACCUCAGACCCCUGGCCGGGCAUUGUCUUAACUCACUAUACACAGCUCUCUCGAAUCUUGGGACGAAUCGGUGAAGAGAUUUAUCGAAAGAAACCUCGCUCCGGGUCGAAUCUCAUCAUGUCUGUUCAGAGUAUCACAAAUGACCUCUCCGGCUGGCUGCGACAAGUGCCCGAUCGCCUUCGCAUUGACUUUACUACCCUCGAUAGUCCCAUCAACCGAGAAUCGGUUUCUAUAAACUUACAUUUCUAUUCAUGCGUGAACAUGACCGCGCGCCCCCUGGUGUUCUAUGUCAUCCAGCGAAGGCUAGAUGCUGGGAUGAUGGGUGCUUCCGCUGAAGACUGGAAAGAAGGUUUGGCUCCGAACACAGUCGCGGUCAUCGAUAGUUGCAUCACCGCUGCCCGUGCCACCACAAUGAUCAUGGAUGCAGCCGCCAAGCAAAACUUAAUCGCUACGUAUGGCUAUUUAGAUGGCGAGUACAUCUUCUCUGCGGCAUUAUUGCUCGUCAUGGUGAAUGCAGCAUUCCCGCACAAUGAGACCAGUGCGCGAUCGAUGGAGACUGCUCUUACUCUGCUACGAAGUAUGGCCGACCGUGGCAACGCCUACUUGGGUUCACGCCAUUCCCUUCUUCUGGAACUACGGGCUUCGAUCGGACCCAAACCCGCCGGAAACGAUCUAGAUGGUCCAGGUGCUACGCUCGUCAUCCCACCGAGUCCCAACGGUGAACAUGCGACCGGUACUACGACGCUGGCAGAUCCUGAGCCUCAUCCCACAGUACCGACGGAGGAUUGGCAGUCGGACCUACCAUCCUUCCAGGAUAUUUCUUUCCAGUUUGAUCUGAAUGAUGACCCGGCACUGUGGGAGGGAGCGUUGAAUCAGAUCGAUAUUGACAUGGAUACCGACUGGAUCGAAAACACUCUGAAGCGUUUAUAA